GUUGUAGAGGCGUGUUUUGCCGCAGCCUGCUAGCUGCAUCAGCUCCAUUUGGAUUUGCAGAUUAUUUUUCCAAUUAGCUAACGUGAAGGCAUACACAUUAGUUUAUAUAGAGUCACACUUUUAUAAAAUUAUGUCAGUUAUAAAUGGUUUUGUAACUCGAAAUUUAAAAUAAAGGUAAUUCAUCAAAGGUAGGUGAGCAUUAGCUGUUAGCCUCGCUAGCUGCCAGACACCGGUUGUAAAUGAGCAGAGAGGCCGCGUAGUCGCUGCAUGCUGGCGUAAUGUAUCCUUCGUGGGGGAAUUACGGUGGAUCUCAACAGUCCCAAAAUUAUGGAGCCGGUAACAACACCGGGAAUGCCGCUGGGUUUGGAGGCUCAGGCGGCGCCUCCAUCUUCACCAGCCUCCAGGAGCAGCACCUCCAGCAGAUGCAGCAGCUGCAGAUGCUCCACCAGAAACAGCUCCAGUCGGUGCUACACCACGGAGCGCCCAGCACCGCCGUGUACAACCCUGCACCCUCAGUCGGAUAUUCAAGCUCUUCAUGGCAGUCCCCUGACACUCAAGACAAUGCCAUUGGGUCUUCGGCCUACUAUACUCAGAAUAACUCUGCCAAUUUGACGAUGAGAGGGCCCCCGGCCCAGCCACAAGACAUCCAGCCUCCGCCGCCGUCUCAGCCGCACCCAACCGAGUCUCAACCUGCUCCUCCACCCCCAGAACCCCCCUCUGUGAAAACAAAAGUUCCCGAGCACAGUGCACCGAAGCCCAUGGAAAACAAGCCCGCGCCCCCUGCUCCCGGGAGUGAUAACGCGACAUCUUUACAGGAUCAACAGCAGCAGUGGUACAAACAGCAUCUUCAGAACCUUCAAAAGAUGAAGCAAGAUAGAAGUAAACAAAAUCAGAAGGAUGGUGGUAGUGCUACAGUGCCGCCGCCACCUCCAACCUCAGAGCCACCCAAAAGAGCACCUCCUCCUCCUCCUCCUAAAGAGGAACCACCGGCCCCACCCCCUCCACCUCCUUCAGAGCCUGAAACUCCUCAGGAUCCAGAGGAGGCCGUCCGCCUCCAGCAGCUCCAGGCUGCUGCAGCUCAGUGGCAGCAUGUGCAGCAGCAGAGGGCAGGUUUACAGUACCAGGCUCUCAUGAAACAACAUGAGAAUCUUCAGAAAGUCCUCGAACAAUAUCAACAACUCAUUCAGCCACCUCCAAACUUCCAGACUAUGUCGGCUGAAAUGCAGUUGAGACAUUAUAAAACACAGCAGCAACGUUUUGUUCCAUUGUAUCAAGAGUGGGAUCGAACUUUCAUGUUAUGGUAUGAGCAGUUUCAAAGCUAUCCCCACAAAGACCAGCUACAAGACUACGAAAGCCAGUGGAAGCAAUGGCAGCAGCAGAUGAAUGCCACAAACGCUCACAUUCAGGAACGUGUGGCCACCCUCACUGCAAUGGUUCCCUAUCCUUCAACUCAAUACAGUAGUGGGACUAUUGGGCCUGACCAUGAUCAGUCAAACCAGGAGUCAGUAAACCCAGGUGCUACUGAGUAUCCUUCCACUUUUAAAAGUGUUGGAGGUUCACGAUUUGACCAAACGCAACAGGGAUUUGAAGAAGCCUGUGAUGCUCCAGAGCAGAGUUUUGAUGUUCCCUCACGAUUUGAUGCUCCCCCAAGAUUUGGUGGUCCAGGUUUUGACGGUAGUCCUAGAUUUGGUGGUCCACGGCAACGAUUCGAUGGGCCACAGCAACGAUUUGACGGUCCUCGGCAACGCUUUGACGGUCCUCGGCAACGCUUUGACGGUCCUUGGCAACGAUUUGACGGGCCUCCGCAACGGUUUGACGGGCCUCCGCAACGGUUUGACGGGCCUCCGCAACGGUUUGACGGGCCGCGGCAGCGUUUUGACGGGCCGCAGCGUUUUGACGGGCCGCAGCGUUUUGACGGGCCGCAGCGCUUUGACGGGCCGCAGCGCUUUGAUGGACCGCAGCGUUUUGACGGACCGCAGCGCUUUGAUGGACCGCAGCGCUUUGACGGACCGCAGCGAUUUGAUGGGCCUCCACGAUUCGAUGGGCCUCAAAGGUUGGACCAGCCACGGCAGCGAUUUGAUGGUCCUCAAAGAUUUGACUCUCCAAGGCAACGUUUUGAUGGCCCAUCAAGAUUUGACCAGCCACCACGGGGCCCCCAACCUCAUAUUGGCCCACCACAACGACCACCUGCCCCUCUACAACGUCUACCCGUACCACAACAAGAAAAACAACUGGGUCCUCCACCCAAGGCUGGACCUGCUACUAAACAAGCAGCUGAGGAACUAAAAACUGAUGAAAAGAAGGAUUGUGCAUCAACAUCAGAUAAUGACUUGACAGAUGACAGCAUGAUUGGAAAUGCAGGAUUUUUUGUUCAAAAAGAUCCAAUACCACAGACACAUAAAAGUGACAACCUGUCUGGUGAUGAAAAAUCCAAACCUACUGAUGACAAACCUCCUGUAUCAGAGCAUUCGGAUGUGGCACCUAAAUCUGUGGCACAAAUUGCGCAUAAAGAUGAAUCAAAUCAAUCAACCAUAUUACAACAGGAUUCCAAAUUAUCUACGCCAGGACCACCAAAAGCAGAUUCUUCAAUACCUUCAGUUGGUAGAGGUCGUGGACAGCCUCAGGUACCCAUUCGAGGUCGGGGGCGAGGCCGUGGGCAAAUGGAGGAAAGAAUAUUAAGUGGGUCAAACAGUUCAUCAUUUGAAAGAGACAUAGAUGAACAGUCUUAUGAUUAUGGACAAUCUGAUGCAGAAUUAGCCUUGCCUGAGGAGCCACAGGAGUAUCACUGGCAAGAUCCUUCACAUGUGGAGUUUCAUGAUAAUUCAGAGCCAACCGAUGAAGAAUUGUGGAUGCCCAAUGAUCAAUUCUACCCAUUAGAAGAAGAAUAUUAUGAAGAACCAGCGGAUCACUUUAUGGGAAGAGGUGGGCACCCAUUGAUGAGAGGAAGACCACCAAUGCCGAUGGGAAGGGGGGGGCAUCCCAUGGGGAGAGGUGGUCCUCUAAUGGGGAGAGGACGUCCUCCCUUCAUGAGAGGAGGGCCCCCUAUGGGUAGGGGAGGGCCCCCUAUGGGUAGAGGAGGGCCUCCUAUUGGUAGGGGAGGUAGAGGGGGUCCACCUAUGGGUAGAGGGGGUCAACCUAUGCCCAGGGGAGGUCCUGCAGUGGCUCGGGCAGGCCCACCACGUGGUCGAGGGGGUCCACUUUUGAGUAGAGGAGGGAAACCAAUAGGUAGAGGUGGCCAACAAGUUGGAACAGCCCACACAGAUAGCCACUGGGAGGAUCCAGAGUUUGCCAAGUAUCCACCAGAAGAAGACCAAUACUGGGAUGAAUGGGGACCACCUAUGGGUGCAAGAGGUAUGAGACCGCCAUUUCCACCUGGUCGAGGUCGCCCACCUCGUGGGCAUCCAUCCUUUACACAAGUCAGACCUCCUCAUCCUGUUCAUAGACCAGAACAUUAUGAAAUGGACACUGAAUUUGACCCCAUGUAUAAUGACCCUCAUGGACGUCCAGGGCAUUCUGAAGCAGGAAGAGGGAGGGGUCCACCACCACACCCUCAUGAAAUUGAUCUUCAGGAGUGGUAUGAUGAAGAGGCAGAUAGGCAAAUGGCAUAUGGCCGUGGCCCUCCUUCCACUCCACAUGAGAUUUUGGAGAGAGAUGAAAUGAGGCGGUCUGUUGGUCAUGAAAUGAGUAGAGGCACAUAUCCUUCAGACAAAGAAUAUGAACAAGAUUUGAAAGAGGGGUUUGUUGCAGAUUAUGGGCAUGGAGAGAAACAGUAUUGCCGGGCCUCUGAUUAUCCUCGAGAUGUCUAUGAAUCACAGUGGGACAGAGAAGCUCCUCUGUCUGAGAGGAGAUAUCCCCCUCGUUUGUUACCAACAGAGUUGCACAGAGAUGAACCCUGGGCUGAAGAGAGAGAUAGAGGUUACCCAUAUACUCAUGAAGAGCGAGACCGGCCAAGAGGAGAACUUCGAAUAAGGGAAUAUGGAGAUGAACCUCAUUAUCGACAGGACGAUCCUUCUUAUUCUGUGACGCGCUCUAGACUAUCCCCUCUUCCAGAAAGACACUAUCCAGACUAUGAACCUAGACCUGCUUAUCAGGAAAAGAGAGAUGUGUCUUUAGAAAGACCAGCACCUGCUGUUGAGGCAGUUUCAAACUUACCAGAAAGCUCACUUGAUCCUGUAACACAAGGAACGAGUGCAGGUGGUCUACUGGCUCUUUCUCAGAGGCAACAUGAGAUCAUCUUAAAAGCAGCUCAAGAACUGAAAAUGAUUAGGGAGUUGCAAGAAACAAAGCCAUCUAGUGUUGAACCCCAGCCUGCUCCUAUUGUACCUGACAUUUUACCUGAGCUUCCUGCUGGUCUUCUUGGUCUAGAGAUUCCACCAGAUAUUAAAAAUGUAUUAAAGGGUAUAGCUUCACAAUCUACAACUAAAGAAGCUCUGUCUGGAGAUGGCACGCCUGCUACCACUGAUUAUCAGCUACGUCUUCAAACUCCAGUUCUCCCAAAGACUGUAGAUUAUGCGCAUGGGCAUGAGCCUGGGGCUACUGUUGAGAAAAUAUCUUAUGGUGAAAGAAUAAUCUUAAGACCAGAUCCUUUGCCAUCUGAAAGAGGCUAUGAAAAAGAACCCCUAGGUCUGCGAAAUCCUUACAGCAGAGACCACUAUGAAAGACGGGACCUGUAUUUGGACCGCCGAGACUACAGUAGAGAGAGAGAAUACAGAGAAAAGUUACCUGAAAGAGAGAAAUAUGAGAGAGAGCGGUAUACAUCAAGAGAUGACAGAUCUGCAGUGCCUCGCACAGGAUACCGUGAGAGGGAGAGAGAAAGGGAUGUUCGAGAGCGAGACCAUAGUGGCAGUCGUGACCGUGAACAUUAUGGAAGACCCGACUACGACAGAGCACCUUACAGGCAAUCAAGUCUGGAACGGGAGCGAUACAGCCAUGGACCCUCACCCCACGUGGAACGUAGAAGCUAUGAAGAUCGAAUUCCUCCCCCUCCAGUGUUGCCACCUCCUGCUCAGCCUUCAGCUCGACUUGAAAAGAAACCAGAAUUGAAGAACAUUGAUGAUAUUCUUAAAAUGCCUGGCAGAUUGUCUCGACCCGACAGGAUUGUCAUCAUAAUGAGAGGUCUCCCGGGAAGUGGAAAAAGUCAUGUUGCAAAGCUCAUUAGAGACAAAGAAGUCCACUGUGGAGGUGCACCACCACGGGUUAUUGUUCUGGAUGAUUAUUUCAUGACAGAAGUUGAAAAAGUUGAAAAAGACCCUGAUACUGGGAGAAGGGUUAAAACUAAGGUUCUGGAAUAUGAAUAUGAGCCAGAAAUGGAAGAAACUUAUCGGAGCAGCAUGCUUAAAACAUUCAAGAAAACCUUAGACGAUGGAUUUUUCCCAUUCAUCAUAUUAGACACUAUUAAUGAUCGAGUGAAGCACUUUGACCAGUUCUGGAGUGCAGCAAAGACGAAAGGGUUUGAGGUGUACCUUGCUGAAAUCAGUGCUGAUGUUCAGACAUGUGCAAAGAGAAACGUCCAUGGACGCAAAGUGAAGGAUAUAACUAAGAUAGCCAAUAACUGGGAGCCAUCUCCAAGUCAUAUGGUGUGUUUAGAUGUUCGUUCCAUUCUGCAGGAUGCUGCUAUAGAGGAGGUGGAGAUGGAGGAUUUUAAUCCUGAUGAUGAAGUUAAGCAACCCAAGAAGGAAGAGGAAGAGGAGAGUGAUCAGGGCUACCUACCAAAAAGCAAAUGGGAGAUGGACACAUCUGAAGCAAAACUCGACCGGUUGGAUGGCCUGAGCAUCACUGGGAAGAGAAAACGUGACAGUGACCACACAUCCGGCUUAGAGGACUUCCUCCAGCUUCCAGACGACUAUGCCACACGCCGCUCCCAACCUGGAAAGAAGAGGGUCCGAUGGGCAGAUUUAGAGGAGCAGAAGAACGCAGAUCUGAAACGAGCUAUUGGUUUUGUGGUUGGUCAAACGGACUGGGAGCGAAUAACAGAUGACAGCGGGCAGCUGGCACAGAGAGCGCUCAACCGCACAAAGUAUUUCUGAAGAGGGCAUCUUUUAUUAACUCACCUAAUGGUCAUGUGAUGAUAUCGAAGAUGCUCUUUCCUGACGCUUAAUGUACCCAGCGAUUGUUACUUUCUUUAACCAGAAUUAAAUUUCAUUUUUUAAUGUCUCUAUCAUAUAAACUCGUAGUUCUGUUUAUUUCAGUCAUGUGGCUUGUAUUAAGUUUUUUGCUGUUUUAUAUAUAUAUAUUUCAUGCUCUCAACUGUAUUUCUGUCUAAAAUGUAUACUUGAAACGACAAUAAAACCUACACAAUUAUGAAACUU